GCUUCCGCUGACGUCAGAGGACCCGCUGAAAUUCAAAGUUAGAGGAGGAAACAGAAACGCUUUUGACAACAAGAAGGCUGCUUUUCCCCUCUCCCGUUUUAUGCAACGUACGUUGAACCGAACCGAAUAUUUUAAGACAUCUUCUUAGUUCAAUAUGGAAGCUAAGGAGGAAAAUGGGAGCAAUAUCACCUUAAAGAGGCAGAGGGAACCUCUCUCAGACACGGAGGACAACAUCGUCCCUGCAUCAGAAGUCAAAGAUGGACUGAAGCGACGGCGUCUGGAAGCAGCUGGUCAGGAGAACCAGACUCCUGAGUUGCCUUCAUCUGAACGUCGAGCUGAGUUCCUGGCAAAGCCGGACACACCGAUGAUCCCGUCGGUUCGUUCUCGAGUCCAGCUGCUCACUCAGAGAAAAGAUGGGGCUCCUGUAGCGCAGCGUUGUUUCUCGGAUCCGGGAACUGAAGGCCCAUCUGUUUCCAACAAAGGUGUCAGAGAGCAUCUUCUCGGCGAGGAUGAAUUUCAUCAACGCAUGGAGCGCUUUAAUAAGGCGCCGGUCUCUCAGGCUAACACCACCCAAACGCCGAGCCCUGGCAGCACCUGUCCACGGAGCCGCUCCGACUUCGUGUGUGACAUUCAGCAGAAACUACAGUGCACAACCACCCCCAGCUCCAAGCAGGCCUCCAUCAUACGGCAGGAACGGGAACUGGAGUUAAACCAGUUGCCUUUCCAGCCAAUCAGUGAGAACGCCUGGCUGAAAAGGUGCAGCUCUGAUUCCUCAAUAACUCAGGGAAGGCCCCCUGCUGGAAGCUCAUCCCCCUCCUCAUGGGUUCCUGUGUCUAAACGGAAAUUUUGUUGGCCUCCCAUGCAGCCUAGGGAUCAGGAUCUCGGAGAUGCUGAGACCAAAGAUGGGAGUUUUACUGAAAUUUUGAUGUCUGCUGCAAACAAGCAUUCUGGGAAUAUGAUGGGUGAAGCGGCUCCCUCUGAUGUUCCUGCUGCAUCUGAAGAACUCAAACUCACAGACGAAUGUCCGAAAGAGAGCGUUUCUCUGGGUGAGGAAGAUAGAAAUGCGAAAGAGCUCAAGACUGUAAAUGUGAACAGAGACGAGCGGCCAGGGAGCCAGACCGUGUUAAAGUUGUCUUUCAGUGAGGAGAACAGCCUGACAGAGCUGCAUGCAGGUGAUAAGAACAGUUUCUUACAGUCAACUCUUCUAGAAGAGCUAAACGUGAAGGAAACAAGCCAGGUUUCAAGGGUAACCGAAGAGGAAAGGUCAGAGGUGUUUACCUUCGAUGAUGAGACGAUGGAAGGUUCUACGUAUGGCGAGGAGGAGAUUGAGCCUUCGACAGACGAGGAACUAAAGGAAUGGAGAUACCCGCAACAAAAGGUGUCAGGUGAUGAGGAAGCCACGUCUGUGAAGAAGCAAGGGCUCACUAAGGAGAAGGAAGAAUAUUUAGAGACAUCUAGAGGGUGGAAGGAAAAAGGAAGCACCUUCAGAAAUAAAAGUGAACCUACUGACGUUGAAGGUGCUCCAGAUCUAGAUGUCCCAAAUAAAACUGCUGGCUUUAUCGAACAGCAGCCUGAUGAUAACUUUAGACCAGAGGGAGAAAAUGCUGUAGACGAUUCUUUGAGAGAGAAAUCGUCCGAAAAUGCAGCCCAUGAAGUAAAUACCGAAAAUGUAGCUCUGACCGAUGGGAAGGAUCAAGAUCAGGGUUCUUCAGAGAUCCACAUGUCAGAUUCUCAUGAAAGGGAGAAAGAUUCAGCAGAAGGAAGGAAGGGUGGUGUAGAUGGGUUAAAAGUGGGAAGCUCAAAGAAAGUCACCUUUAUCCUGGAGCCUGAGCUGAUCAACAGCUCGGUUUUAUCUGAGAGCGACGUCUCAACAGAGUCACGGACAGAGACCAGCCUGUCAGAUGCUGGGUCAAGCUCUCACGACGACACCAACACAGCGGAAACAAUCGAGAAGAUGUUUGAAGAGGUGCUGGAAUAUGCGGAAGAGAUGGAAGAUGGGGGACGGGUUGAGGAAUACGGACAGGAUCAUGACAGUGGCAUUGGCGCCUGUUCUGGGGGCAAGGACGGCGUGGACCUGGAGAGGGAGAAGAGCGAAAGGGAGGAAGAGCCCAGAGAAGAGGAAUGUGACGAGAAUGACGGAGACGAGCUCCUCACUUUUCCUCAAAGUGGAAUCCUCUCUCCUCUCAGCAAAUCCGUUGAAGCUGUGGUCACCCCAUUGCGACUGGCAGCAGCCCAAGAGUCUAAUCCUCCGUCUCUGCUCCUGACCCCAGAAGAAACAAGCACCCCUCCUCCUGAAACCGCUCCUCUGUACAGCAUCGAUGCGUACCGCACACAGAGGCAAAGGAAGCUGCCGGCCAUUCAGAGCGUGACUCCUGCGGUUCAGAGACGCACUCCAGAGACGGCAAAGCCUAAAGAGUCUGUCAACACCAAGGAGAGAAUAACUGCUCUGAACGAUGAAGCAGGGAAACUGCAGACUGUGAUCAACCAGACGCUGCAAGCUCUGAGCUGCUGCACCGAUGAAGAGCACGGACGAGGGUCGCUGGAGGAGGCCGAAGCUGAGAAACUUCUGCUUGUUUCCUGUGAGAAGCGGUCUGCUCUGCUGGCAGAGGUGGCCAGACUGAGGGAGGAGAGGAACCUGCAAUCUGAGGAGCCUCCAAAGGACGACGCAGACUACGUUUCCCAGCAGGCCUGCAGAGGAACCGUCAACAUCACCAACAUCCAGCUGCCUCUAAAGGUGGAAUACGUCUGCUCCUCACACAGCAAAGCAGGACGGCCGAGCCACUACUUCUUUGUCCUGAUCCGCUACGGGCCGUGCAACAUCAUCGCCACGCCGCUGGCCACGGCCGCUGAUGCUCGAAAUGGAGACACCAUCUCCUUCCCGACUACAGUCACACUAAAGGAUAUUCGCUCUUCCUUUGAGAUUGAUGUUGAAGUCUACAGCCUGUGUCCUACUUCAGGAACCAGCUGCACCACGGACCGGACCAGCACUAAGUCACGUGUCACACCAAGGAAGCUCCUCAAUACCAUUACAGUAAGUAUUCAGGUGUCUUCAGGCUCCGCCCCCUCUGCUCUCAACACGCGACGCUCCAGUAACUUUUCUCUGGUGGGUUCCCACAAGAUCACCUUGGCUUCACUGGGAGGCAGCAAGUUCCUCCUGGAUAAGAUGAAACUUGAUGGCAAAAUCAGGAGGCUGCUGGGAGAUGAAUUUCAGGAAAAGGUGCCGUUUCUUUCACCACUAGAGGGCCACAUCUACCUGAAACUGGACAGCGAGGGCCACUCCAACGUCCAGCACCAAGGCUUCCUGACGAUGUUUGAGUUAAUCAGCGGGUUCGGCGUGUGGAACCGGCGAUAUUUUGUCCUGGAGGCGUGCAGCAUGUACUACUGGAACAGCCCAAAUGACCGGGAGACCAAGGAAGCAGAAGGCAGCAUCUCUCUGUCCAGGUCCCCCAGUCAGUGCGUCAGGCCUGUUAAGAGAGAUUCAUGUGCCCGACCCUUCACCUUUGAGCUGGUGAACGCCUGCCAGCAGGAGGACCAAAACCAGGAAGCGCUGUCCAAGUGUUGGUUCUCAGCUGAUACCAAGCAGGAGAGGUUGGACUGGAUGGAGAAGCUCAGCCAAGCCCUGCUGGACUUUCACACAUGGAGCCGUCCGCAGGCGGAAAACCUGGCGUCCAGCAGCGGGAACCUGAGGGAGAGUAUCCUGUGACGGCUCCACCCGCGGUCUGUCCAACCUGAGACUUAUGAAGACGUCCCGGGAUCAGCUUCCAGGUGUUGGGUCGAGUAUGAGCUGACGUCGGGGUUCAGAGUUGUGGAGCUGAAGCUCUGAUUCGCUGCUGAAACGCAUCUCAUGUUGAUUUGUUGGUGGGAGAUUUUAUCUAAUUCAUGUUUGUGUUUCUUUUAACCUGAUUCCAACCUAUUAUUGUUGGUUUUCACUUUCAUUUGCAAACUGUUGCCAUUUGAAUAUUUUUAAGUUAAUGGUAUCAGGUUUUUUUGUCUUUUCCUUUUUUUACUCUAGUUUUAUUUUAUGCAAAAUUUAUUUUCUUUGUUUUUCAUCUAUGGUAAUUAGCUGCUUUGUUGGUAAUAACUGGUCACUUUAAGUUGUUAAUGGGAUUGUUUUCUUGUAGCCAAUACUAUUACCCAUCUUUACUUGUGUGUGUGUGUGUAUACAUAUAUGGAUUUAGAUUAUAUUCUUAUUGUUUAAGCUUGAAGGAUAAAUAACUCCGGUAAAUACACUAACACUAAAUAAAUUUCAAACUCUGCUUAACCAACCUAGUAUAGUGGUUUCAUUGAGGAAAAACACUACAAAUAGAGCUACUCCUGACUUAUCAGAAACAAUUUUCUUUCUCAAAGAUGAUACUGUAUCGCUUGAAGACUUGAUAUCUCUAAAAGUUUGACGGUAUUUUAUUUUUGUUUUUAAGGAAACAGUUUAUUGAUGAAAACUUUAAGUGUAGGUUAACAGAAAUGGUCAUCUGAAACUGUUAGUCAGCAUUCGGUUAUUUCUCUGAAAUGAUGUAGAAAAUCUAGAAGAGCUAUUUAAAAGGCAUAAUUUUAUCUACAUCAAUGGGGAGGAAGGUUUGGUUGCAUAGAUUUCAAGAUUUUCAGGUCUGAAUAUUUUUUGGGAUGGUUUUCUUGAUAAUUUUUCUAUUUAAUAAUCAGUAUUUCUGGCAUCUUUUCUGACUUCAUUCCCUGCACUCUGACGUGUUGAUCUUUCUAUUAUUGUACAUACAAAGACUCAUUUAGUUAUAGAUGUAAACGCAUGUAUGGUGGAGCGAAUGGUGUGGAUAAAUGAUUAUUUGUUCUCUGAAGUUUUCUUUCCCAUCUGUCAGUCUUCUGUUUCCUUGUAUAUGUGUAUUCUCAACCUAUGCACUCAUUACCAAUAAAGUUAAAUGAUUGAA